GUCGUAUUGUGAUUCUUAGUAUAGGAAGAUUUAAUCGCGUCUAGCGGCUGCUGUAGCCGCGUAACCGCGAAGACGCCCCACUUCGACGCAUUCGAAUGUCUCGGAAAUGCUUCUCUCGUCCACUUCGGCGUCUUCCCACGGAGCCAACGAUUCAGUUUCACUCUGUCCGGUGAGAAGUUUAGUGUUCAACUCAAAGUUGGUGGAGAUCAAGUGUUGGACGGGUUUAUAACCAACUCUCUAAAGUUGUUAAAAAAAAUAUAUCUGGGUGUGUGCUUGCAUAUUGCUUUUGGAUCACAAAAACAUCUUAAGACAAAAUGUUCAGUGGAUUGGGAGCAUCGCUCAAGAGUCUGGGAGAGAAGACAGCUAGUCUGUUCGACAGGAAGAAGAAGGAUGCUGAGACUCUGGCGGCGGAAAAGGCUGCAACGGCCCAGAAGAUGGCUGAGGAGCAAGUAAAGAAGGCUGGAGAAGCUGUUGGACAGACCAGGAGUGAAGCAGAAAAUCUUGCUGCAAGCACAGCAAAGGAGGCAGCAGCUUUGGCUGUGGAGGAGGGUUCCAAGGUGGCCAAGAGUGCCGAGGAGCAGGCUAAGGCAGCAGCAGGUGCUGCCAGGCAGACGGCCAGCAAUGUCAGUGACACCGUUGAGAACACAAAGAAGCAGGCAGCCAGUAUGGCUGAACAGACCCAGAAGGCAGCUAAUGAUGCUAUCAAUCAGGGUCUCAAGACCGCCGAACAGGAGAUAGACAAUACCAUGAAAGCCACCAGUACUGCCGUGGAUCAGAAACUCCAGGAAGCUAACAAGUAUGCUGAUGAGAAGCGUGUUCAGCUGGAGAAGAAGGUGAACGAGGAGGCUGCUAAAGCUCAGGAAUCCGCCGGAAACAGUGCUGCCAAUCUACUGGGAAAACUUAAUUUGGGCGGUGGCAAGUAAAUCCUCUGCAAUUUCCAAUCAUACACAUUUUCUCUUCAAAUUCUUCCGGCAUCUUUCCUGCAAUGCCUUUGGGAGCAAAAAUGCUUGAAAAGUUCACAAAAAAAUCUGCAAAUUUCUCGAAAAAAAAAAACUAACAUUAGAAAAGGAUUGAGAUUUUUGUGCCAGAAGAAACAAUUUUGAAAUUAAUCACACUCAUUAGAUUUUAGAGAAGAAUAAUCAAGGGGUGACUCAUAUUGAGGAACUUGGGCAAAUGCUGAAGAAUGUUUAGGGAUAUCCUAGCAAGAAAAGUUUAGGAAACCUGAGAGGUCUUUUGAAGGACGAAUCUCGAAGAAUCUCAAAGAAUGAAUGAACGAGUCAUCCCUUGAGACUAUAUUACUUAUAUUAUGUUAUUUGUCUAUUUUCUAUACGUCUAUUUCACAAAUAAAAUUGUAUCUCAUCUUCAAUGAGAUUUAACUGCAAAAAAAAGUGCAACGUUAUAGUUUCGAAAUGGCCUAAGAAAAAGAAACAAGGAUUUUUUGAGAAGGACUUAGCCUGGAGAAGGAGCUUUUUCUGGAAGCUUCUGUAUGCCUUCAUUUGAAACUCAAAUGCCUUCAAAAAACACGCGUCCAAUUGAUCAAUUAUGAUUGAGGAUUUACACACAGAAAAUAAAUAAAUCUUAAUGUUAGAUAAUCUUCAUUUUUAUCAUAUAUGAAAAAGAAAAAACAAAUUGUCGUUAAGUUUCUAAGUGUAAAGCUAUCUUUGAAAAGAAAAGAAUUGUAUUUGUUACAAGAAUAAAAAUGAUGGAUAAAAAAAA